CUCCUCUCAUCUUCUUUGUCUCUUGCUCACAUUCAAAACCCCUCUUCUAUCUCCCUCGGAAAGUUCCCGAUCUCCAGUCCAAUGGAUCCUCUAUGAUGAUCUCCUAUCGAUCUCUGUUUACCUUUUCUUGAAUUUUUAUGAUUGUAGAAAGAGGAAGACGAGGAGCUGAUUUCAGGGUUUUGAGUGAGCGCAGAGUUUUCAGUAGGGAAAGAAAGUUGGGUGUUUCGAAGUGCAGAAGAAAUGAUGCCUUCGAUACCCAUACAGAUCCUUUUGCUUCCAUCUUUGGCUUUCUUUCAUGUUGGAUUGUAUUCGCAUCGUUUGAAACGGCUUGAAAAGGGUGAUCGGCGUGGUAAUCUUAGUUAACGUUAGGUUUUAAUUCACUAUUCCUUAUUCUCUGUUAUCUUUUUUUUUUUUGUCCUUCUCUCUCUCUCUCUCUCUCUGUUCGUUCCUUUUUGGGUUUUGGCUUUCUGAGUUUCUACGAUUAGCAUAUAUCGGUUUUGAGAAAUCGGAGAUAGAGAUAGCGUUUGGACGAUUUGGUUGGACUUGAUAAGAGCUAUUAAGGGACAUCAUAAGAGUUCAUCUAUUUCUUGUUUGGCGGUGUUAUUGAUGGACAUUGUCUCCAGUCGAAGUGCGGUUGGUGUUGGUGUUCUGGUAGAUGAAAUUGAAAGCAAUUUUCGCGAGUUUGUGCAUGUAGAAGAUGUACAAGAAACAUGUGCAUCUGAUGUAGAUGGUGCCGUUGAUGCAGAGGAGAGACUGGGAGAGCUUGAGCCACAUGGGCGAGCACCUGUUAGGGAGGCUUUAGAAAAGAGUGCAAAAUUGCUAUCUGAAGAAGAUGAUGAGCCUGAAACAGCGUUGCCACUACUUUUCUCCGAGGAACCCACGAGGCCUGCAUUGCCUCUUGUGUCUGCCAUGAAAGGUAGUAGAGAAAAACUGGGAGCAUCCCCAAGGAAGCUGACUGUGAGUUGGGCACCUGAUGUGUAUGAUCCGAUUCCUAAUUCAUUAUCACACACUGUUAAAAGCAAUCAGAAGAAGUCUAGGAAAGAUAAAGGUAGCAACAAGAAAAAUGGAAAGAAGAGCCAGAAGGGCAACUCAAAAGGUGUUAAGGACAAGAAGCAAUUCCGCAAAACUGGUGGGAGUGCGAGGUUGGAUAAGUGUUACAAAAUAAUGAACACUCUUGAUGCCACUGAAGACCUUGGUGAAUUUGAUGUUGGUAGCCCAGAUUACUGUGGAAGUAGCUUCCUCAAAAAAUCUCCCACAAACUUUCACUACAGUAUUGCGGAGGCAUUGUGAUAUCACAUCUUCGUUCUGCUGGUAACUUGUUUGAAGCUUUUGUGAAUAAAUAAAUUUAACUAUGGAGCUUUUGACUGGAAGAUGUACCUAUUUUACUCGUGUUUUUGUUGACAUUAUAACUAUAUCAACUCAUAUUGGAUUUCUGGUA